UUUAACAGGUGUUCAAAUCCAAAACAUAAUAAAGCUUUUCUCUGAAAAACCUAAUGUAGAAUUGGUCAACGAGCAAACUGGAUGUCAAAAAGUAAUCGGCAUGAAGAAUCUUCAUGCACACGUGACCGAACCUUCUAAAUCAACUACUAAAUUGUCUCAUACGUCUAAUUCGGAAGAUAUAAUAAGUGAGGAUAACAAAUCUUUAUCUAAUACCUCGGUAAAUGUCUCAAAUACUGAAGUCUCACCUAAUAAUACGACUCAUAUCUUUAAUUCCUCUGAUGUUGAUGAGAUAGGUAAGCCCGACACUAUAUCCGCGAUUAAUUCUAUAACUGCCGACAAUAUAUUCGACUAUUAUAGACGGGAAAGGCCAGAUAGCGACAUUUCGCAACUAUAUCACAUGAUAGCCAGAGAUUUGGAGGAGGUCCUCAACUCAAAUUUCUUUAAAGAAGAUACGACGCGUGUUCUGAAGGACAUUAAAUAUAAUUGGGUUGAAGUAGGGACUGCGGGUCACUUACUUCUGGUGUAUGAGGAUUGCGGUCACUCAUAUGACCCUGAUCGGUGGCAACUUGAGGAUUGCGGUCACUCAAGUUUGGAAGUCUGA